AUGCGUUUCAACUCUCUAGCGCUCCUCAUUACUGCUGGCACUCUAUCCAGCGCGCUCCCAGCGCCACAAAAUGACGCCACCCUUCCUACGGAGCCAUCCAGCGACCCUGCAGUCGCAAAUGAGCAGAUUAAACAGCUUGCUUUGUUCGCUCAGCAGCAGGUCAACGCCACGCUGGAGGCCAGCUCAGCCAAGCGGGGCACUUGCAAUAUCAACAACGUCGCCAUCCGUCGUGAGUGGAAUGCCCUGUCCAAGAAGGAGCGAAAAGCAUACACAGAUGCAGUGCUCUGCCUGCAGUCCAAGCCGGCCAAAACACCCUCUUCGAUUGCAGCAGGAGCAAAGUCACGGUUCGAUGACUUUGUCGUGAACCACAUUCAAAAUACUCUGUUCAUCCACUUUACCGGUACCUUUCUCGCAUGGCACCGGUACUUUACGUGGCAGUACGAACAAGCUCUCCGCAAUGAGUGCGGCUACAAGGGCUACCAGCCAUACUGGGACUGGCCCAAGACUGCCGAGAGUGGCUUGGACAACUCGCCCAUGCUGGAUGGCUCCGAGUACUCCAUGUCUGGAAACGGAGAGUUCAUUCCUGGUCAGGGAGAAGUAGUCAUUGCCGGAACUGGGCCGCCCGAGAUCCGUCUUCCCCCUGGCACCGGCGGUGGCUGCAUCAAGAGCGGGCCAUUCAAGGACAUGAAGGUCAACCUCGGUCCUACCUCCCUGACCCUAACAAACGGCAGCACCAUCUCCAAUGGCGAUGGCCUCGCCUACAACCCUCGCUGCCUCAAGCGCGAUCUCACCGACUAUGCCAACAAGAAAUGGGCCGACGCCCCCUCCGUGGCCAGCCUGAUCCUGAAAAAUAACGACGUUUGGAACUUCCAAAUGACCAUGCAGGGCUGGCCCGGCACCCCAGACCUCGGUGUCCACGGCGGCGGCCACUACUCCAUGGGCGGCGACCCCGGCCGUGACUUUUUCGUUUCCCCAGGCGACCCGUUGUUCUACCUGCACCACGCGCAGAUUGAUCACGCGGAAACAAAGAGCUGA